AUGGCCAUUCAAAUAACCGGCAUCAACUACUAUGGUAGACUGAGAACUCCGGGUGAGUCCACAGCCGUGUUCAUGGCCAAUCUGGGCAAUACGGCAGAUCGAGUCACUUUGCUCCUUGGAUAUCUAGUCAGCGACAUUGCGAGAAAACAAGUUCUCCUACCCACAGCACCCAGUCCAGCUAUGGAAGCAGCACUUGAAUGUCCUGUCAGGGCCGAAACCCUCGCCCGAUAA